CUUUUUAACUUAUUCCAUGCGAGUUAAUCCUAUAUGAAACUCGAGCUCGCUGCUAUUCUUCCCGUAAUGUACGACUACCUUCGGCAAUCAUCGGCUAAAUUCGUACUUUUCCGCUCGGCCAAUUUUACGACCUCGGUAUAUCUCUGGACGGACCGUACGUAUACAUUACAAAAUACUUUAAGUCUUUCAAGGGGUCGCGUCUCGUUCGACCGAAUCUCGAAAAGCCAAUUCCAGGAUCUUUCUCCCUUUCGAAGCCGUUCCGUUACGACCAAACCGCCUCCUCCAUAAUCAAACUUUCCUCGUAGAUAUAAAUACGAACUAACAUCGAUUUUCCCCGAUCGUAUCGUCCAACAAUUGGAUCCUUGUUAAUUAAAUAGGAACGAACAACACAUCGGAACUUGCGAAGAGGCAAUUCUUUCAAAAAAUUACUUCAGGUCAAAAUCAAACGUCAAGUGGCAAGUCUCCUCCCUCUUUACCAAUCCUGCUCACGAGGCCGUGCUCUCGCCCACUUUGCCACCAGUCUUGCUUUAGUAUUCUUUACUCCCGUCGACUGUUCGCCACACCGGCAUCGUUUCUCCUUCUCGAGUUUCGACGCAUGGCAAAACGAAUUCCACUUUCCAUCCGAAACGAAAUUAAAGGAAAUAUUAUUCGGAAAUUUAUCAAGUGGAAAGGGAUGAACGAAUCAAGAUGGGAAAAUUAUCGAAUAUCAUUCGCAAAGGUACGAUCAAUCCUGUUCGUUUGAUCUUACUGUAUCUGGCCAUUCUUUUCUGCGUCAAAUCAACGUUUGCGGAAAAGAAGCUACACGGAACUCCUAUGCACAAGGUGGAGCUCACUCAGAAAGGAUACAUUCAGUUUCUACGUUGGGAAUUACCCGUGCCAAAAUUAACCGAAUUCACCUUCUGCCUGUGGAUGGAAUCCUACGAUCUCACCCAUUCUCAUCCGAUAUUUUCGUACUCGAAGAACGAGCGGGAACGGCUCGCGCGUUCGUGGAUAGCGCCUCGCGGGACGAGUGUUCACCUCGAGAUCGGGGGCAACAACGUAUUCGCCGCGAGUGUCGACAUUCUAGAGAAUCGAUGGUACCAUUUGUGCGUGAGCUGGGAGAAUCAGGCUGGUCGUUACGGCCUUUGGAUCGAUGGCCGGCUUCGGGCCCAAGGUCGCUCUUACGAGACGAUAGAUCAUACGAUCCCGAGCGGAGGGGACAUCGUGGUUGGCCAAGAGUACACUGACUUCGACAAAGGGCUGGACGACGGGAUCGAGGGAUCGAUCGUUGGCUUCAAUCUCCUCUUGUCCUCCGCUUUCGACACCCACGACUCGAUUCAAGUGUCCCGCGCCGCCUCGCGUUACGCCACGGUGGUGGCUCCGCUUUUUGCCGGGAUUCCAACGAAACUGAUGCAACUGCGCGGCAUCGAUUACGGGCGAGAUCGAGCGAGAACGAGGGCACCGACUUCUAAUCAACGCGGGCGACGAUACGCCGAGGACGCGACGUCUUUGCCGCUCGUCGAAUUCGUCAUCUCUCCUUCGGGAGUGAUCCGGAGGAGGAACGAGCGGUCUCUCGGGCUGCAAUUAGUGAGACUGUCGUACGUGCGCUGCGAGAUCGGCAGGGGAAGCCCGUUCAUAGGCGGAUCGUUGAUGCUGAUCUCGUGGACGAGAACGCCCGUGCGUGUCUUCGGCGGGGCUGUACUGAAGAACGUAAACAGCGACUGCGGCAACUUCUCGACUGUGAAGGAGGAGAAGAUGUAGCCUCGAGGCUACAUUAAGAUAGAAUUUUUAGGAAUCAAUAUAAUACUGUUUUUAAUUCGAAGGAGAAAGAUCGAUGUUAGAGUGAAAAUUUUUUUUUUUCUAUUGGAUUGUUAUGUACAGUUUUAAAUGAUAAUUGGACCUUUAUUGGCGUGGACCUUUAUUGGAAUUUCGCGAGAGAAACGUGAGAAUACGGGUGGUUACGACACGCAUAGAAAUCGGAUAGAAAUCGGAAAGCGGGGCCUUUCCUUUGACGAACAUUCGUUGCGUUACGAAUGCAGGAUUAACAAAUUGGAGCGAAUUAUUAUGAAAGUGCGAUGUUAGGAUAAGAUCUAAUGGUUUUUAUUUAUAAUGGUUUUUAUAUUUAUACCGAUAUUUUAUAUAUAUUGUUUUGUAUAAAUUAUAAAUAGUAAUUUCUGGAAAUAUGACACUCUCUCCAGGAACUGAACAAAACCGGAUAAGCUUCUUUUAUUUAAUUAUUCUCCGUCUGUUUCAUACUUUUACUCGCAUUAGACAAAGUAUCGUAGAUAUCCAAAAACAACUUUCUUUAUAUUCAAUCGCAAAAUUAAACACUUUCUGCGAAAAUAUUUAUUGAAUUAUUUCUUACCAGUAUAUACCAUUUUUAUUGAGGACCGUUAAAGUAAAAAAUUCAGAUAUUAAAAUGAUUGAUAGAAUAAAAAUUGUUCGAAUAUCUUGUAAGAUUAACGGCGAUUCGACGAGAUAAGUAAGAAUGGCGCCAAGAGUCAAUCGGGUUUCGGUUAUUUUCGACUAACGUCGGUAAAUUAGUCGAAGAUGACCGAACAUGACCGAAGAUGAACGACGCUUUACGAAGAUUCUCGGCUGCCUCGAAAGUUUUAUUAAAUUUAUAAGAUGCCGGAGUAUUUGUUAUUCGGUCGAUUAGUCGGAUCGUUUGAAAUAAUAAUCUUGAUUUACACGGUAUACGGAUAUAUAAAUACGAUUUACAUGAUAUAAAUACAAGAUUGUUUUCAAUGAGUCUCGAGGUCGUACAUUAAGUAACGAUUAGAUAAUCCUAUUAACAGCUAUUUGUUGAUGAAAGACAUCGCUAUUGUUUCGAUUCUCACUUAAUAGUUUAAGAUAAAAUCUAAGCAUACCGGCACGAAGUGCAACAACUUGCCGCAAUCUUGAAAAAACUCGAGAGAACAAACGCGUUACAAAACCGAGGAUAGAUCGAUAAACCGAGACGAGGUAAAAAAAAAAAAAAAAA